UUAUUUUUUUUCAAUUGAUAAUUAUAACCACAGACAAUACACUCGUAAUUCAAGUUCAGCUCGGCGAUAUAUAACGAUAAGGGGUAAUUUGACUUUUCGCGUCGCAGGCAAUUUCACUCUAGGCCUAGGCAUGUCGUCGCGGGUUACAUACUCGAAUAAUAGCGGCCUGCAUUGUGGACGGGAUGGGCUAUGACGUCAACCUUCCUAGAACGCAGGAUGACAAUGACAGCAUUAAUAUCGUUACCAGAAACUGUUACUGUUUUGUUAGGGGGAAUGUAGAAGUUAAAAAGGGCACGGUUUUAUUCAGAAUCUACAGCACCAUGGAUUCUACCCGUAACACAAGGCCAGGCUACAGAAAUGCGGGCUAUUUCGUACUAAGCUUGUACUUCAUUUGCUGUAUUCGGAAUGGUCUUGGACUUUUGACGACAUCAACAACAACACCAACAACUGCUACGACAACAACAACAACUACAACAGCAACAGAGGGAUAUAACGGAAGCACGUUCACAGUCAUCGAAGUGAUUCCUAUGACACCCCCAGCGCCCGUACUACUAACUCCACCGCCUUUAAUAAUAAACCUCCCGCAGACGACGCCAACACCACUCAUACCCCACACAGUGCCGGCCCCGGUGAUGGCUGUUUCUUCCGAGUUUCUCUGCGGAGGGCCAGACCGCGAGCCACCAACUCCGGGCUUCGAAAACGUGCCCUCAUGUGGACAAUACGCCAAUAAGUUGACGUGCGAAAGCCACUGUGGUACCGUCAGCAGUCGUUGGGAAGACCAACGCCCAAAGUGGUGCUCUUGCGACUUCAUGUGUAAUUUCUACGGCGACUGUUGCCCGGAUGUGGAUAGCAAAUGCCCGGAUGAAAAGGUGAAGUAUUCGGCUUUGAAACCAACGCUGAACAUGACUGCCGAUUUCCACUCGGGAACUAUCUGCCAGAAGAUGAAAUAUCCUUUUCGCUCAACAGAGAACGAAAUAACGAAUAAUGUGCUUGUCAUUGGAAAAUGCACCACCAACUGGACAUCUCAGAUGGUUACCAAUGGCUGCGAGAAAGAGGGCGAUCCCCUUUAUCUGGAUGUAAAAUAUCUCUUGCCCGUAACCGACAGAAGGACCGGAGUCCAUUACCGAAACUCUUUUUGUGCUGUCUGCAACGGUAUUGACGACUUCAUAUUCUGGGAGUUGCAAUUCAACUGUUCCCAACCAGUUUACCUUGAAAAUUCUUCAAACCCCAUCACUGAGCUAGAGAACAGCGACCAGUGCAAACAGGCCAUCAUGCCUCCGGCCUGGAGUCCGUAUCGCCUGUGUGAGCAUGCCGUCGGGGAAUGCUCGAAAAACUGCACCAAUGAAAAAUUGAUCCGCGAAUGCCAUCGUUACCAAUUGUACGUCUCAAGUGGAAAUGACUAUAAAAACGAAUUCUGCGGUAUGUGUAACUAUGAGAAUCUGCUUGACAUGUAUUGUUCUAAAGGCACAUUGCCUGGCGACAUUCCGGGCACAGAUAUUUCUUUCUUCUCUUUUCGAGUUCUUAUGGAUUUCAACAGUCUCGACGGCCUUCGCAUUGGUGUCAAAACGUCACAGAAAGACGAAAAGCCAGUUAUCAAGGAAACACUGUCAAAUUGCAUUAUCUUUGGCCAGUCGUGUAAACCGAUUCAAUGCUCAAGAGAUUUCACGUUGCUGGACGGCGUCUGCGUGUACAGAUACCCUCUUAGUGAUGUUAAAAUCGUGACGACAUGGGUUACUAAAGACCCAAACGAGACGGUUCCUUCCGCCAGAAACUUUCAAAGACUUUACCCUUUUAAAAAACAAAAGACGGACAUCGUCCAGGCACUGACGGCAUUCUUUGAGAAAGCAUUCUCAUCACAUGGCGAAGUUGUAACGAACUAUUUUGACACUGCAAAUCCACGGGCUGCCACCAUGGAAACCCAGUUUCUACUGAAAACAAAUGAUGCGAACGUUGGUCAAAACCAGGUUAAUGUAACAAUCAUGCUAGCCCUUGGUCAGGUCAUUGACGUGAUAGUUGCUGCUUAUAAUAACAACACGAAUGAAACAUUUAAAUAUAUCGGUAACACAUACACCUUUAGCCCCUUUCACUCUGGGGUAAGCGACUGCCCUCGUAUUGGCCUUAAUGCUUCUGACUAUGCCAUUUUGGAGAAUGGGUCCAUUUCACUUCAUGUCGCAAAUACCGUGAUAGACAGAAAUGAUUAUCAAGUGUGGAAUAAUCAGGAUGGACAUGGACUUUUGGCGACGUCAACAACAACACCAACAACUGCUAUGACAACAACAGCAACUACAACAGCAACAGAGGGGUAUAACGGAAGCACGUUCACAGCCAUCGAAGCCUACACAGUGUCGACCAAAACGAUGUCGGUUUCUUCCGAGUUUCUCUGCGGAGAACCAGACCGCGAGCCACCAACUCCGCGCUUCGAAACCGCGCCCCCAUGUGGACUAUACGCCAAUAACAUGACGUGCGAAGGCCACUGUGGUGCAGUCAGCAGUCGAUGGAAAGACCGACUGAAGUGGUGCUCUUGCGAUUACAUGUGUAAUUUUUACGGCGACUGUUGUCCAGAUGUGGACAGCAAAUGCCCGGAUGUAAAGGCGAAGUAUUCUGCGUUGAAAUCAACUCUGAACAUGAGUGUCGAUUACCAUUCGGGAACUAUCUGCCAGAGGAUGAAGUAUCCUUUUUACUCAACAGAGAGGACCUCAAGUAAUAAUGUGCUUGUCAUUGGAAAAUGCCCCACCAACUGGACAUCUCAGAUGGUUACCAAUGGCUGUGAGAAAGAGGGCAAUCCCCUUUAUCUCGAUGUAAAAUAUCUCCUGCCCGUAACCGACAGAAGAACCGGAGUCCAUUACCGAAACUCCUUUUGUGCCGUCUGCAACGGUAUAGGCGACUUCAUAUUCUGGGAGCUGCAAUUCAACUGCUCUCAACCUGUUUACCUCGAAAAUUCAUCAAACGCCAUCACUGAGCUAGAGAACAGUGACCAGUGCAAACAGGCCAUCAUGCCUCCGGCCUGGAGUCCGUAUCGCCUGUGUGAGCAUGCCGUCGGGGACUGCUCGAAAAACUGCACCAAUGAAAAAUUGGUCCGCGAAUGCCAUCGUUACCAAUUAUACGUCUUUGGUGGACAAAAGUUUAAAAAUGAAUUCUGUGGUAUGUGUAACUUUAAGGAUCGGCUUAACGUGAACUGCUUUGGAGGAUUAAUCGGUGAUCGGGACACGGAUAUUUCUUUUUUCUCCUUUCGAGUUCUUAUGGAUUUUAACGGCCUCGAUGGCCUUCGCAUUAGUGUCAAAACGUCCCAGGAAGAAGAGAGGGCAGUUAUCAAGGAAACACUGUCAAAUUGCUUUGUCUUUGACCAGUCGUGUAAACCGAUUCAAUGCUCAAGAGAUUACUUGUUGCAGGACGGCGUCUGCGUGUACAGAUACCCUCUUAGUAACGUGAAAAUCGUGACGGUAUGGGCUACGAAAGACCCAAACGAGACGGUUCCUUUGGGCAUUGACGAAUUUCAAAUACUUCACCCUUUUAAAGGACAGAAGACGGACAUAGCACGGGCACUGACAACGUUCUUUGAGAAAGCAUUCCCAUCACAUGGAGAAGUUGUAACGAACUAUGUCGACACUGUUAAUCCAAGGGCUGCCAACAUAGAAACCCAAUUUCUACUGAAAACAAAUGAUACGAAAGUUGGCGAAAACCAACUUAAUGCAACAAUCAUAAUAGCGCUUGGUCAAGUCAUUGACGUGAUAGUUGCUGCUUAUAAUAACAACACGAAUGAAACAUUUAAAUAUAUCGGUAACACAUACACCUUCAGCCCUUUCCACUCUGGGGUAAGCGACUGCCCUCGUAUUGCCCUUAAUACUUCUGACUAUGGUAUUUUGCAGAAUGGGUCUAUUUCAGUUCAUGUCGCAAAUACCGUGAUAGACAGAGAGGAUUAUCAAGUGUGGGAUAAUCAGGUCCUCACUCUACAAAUGCUGGCGUGUAUUAAUAUAGGCCGCUGCAUUGUGCUUAUCGCGUCAGCAAUGCUGGGUUUUGAAAACGUGUUUUCAAACAUCGUUUUAGAUUAG